AUGUCUGACGAAUCUUGUGUUCAUGUUGUCAUGUUCCCAAGCGCUGGAAUGGGUCAUCUCACACCAUUCCUAAGACUAGCUUCCUUACUUCUCAAGCACCAUUGCAAACUCACUCUCAUCACUCCUCUUCCAACCGUCUCUGACGCCGAAUCACGCCUCCUCUCUCACUUCCACUCUUCUUUCCCUCAACUCAACCUCCUCCCAUUUCACCUUCCACCACCACCUUCUCCUUCUCCCACCUCCGUCGAUCCUUUUUACCACCGACUCCAAACCCUCCGUCACUCAGCUCACCUUCUCCCUCCUUUGAUCUCUUCACUCUCACCAUCAAUCUCUAUUUUCAUCUCCGACAUCUUCCUUCUUACCCCUCUCCUUUCCAUCACUCAAAAACUCUCUCUUCCUAACUACGCUUUGUUCACUUCUUCAGCUGCCAUGUUGUCUUUCUUCUCUCACUUCCCUACUCUUGCUCAGUCCAAAUCUGAUGAUGAUGCUCCUGAGAUUUCAUUCCCAGUUCCAGGUCUUCCGUUUUCACCUUUACCAUAUUCAUAUAUCUCCCCAAUUCUUUUGGAACCUACUACCAUUUUUGGAAACCAAAUAAGGGAAGAUAGUCCUAACCUAUCAAAAUUUCAUGGUGUUUUUGUCAACACAUUUGAAUCACUUGAAUCUCACUCACUAAAAGCUCUUAAUGAUGGACAAGUUAUAAAAAAUAUGCCUCCUGUCUAUGCUGUUGGUCCUUUUCUUCCUUUUGAGUUUGACAAGAAAAAUACAUCAACACCGUUGACUAUUUGGCUAGAUGAUCAACCUAUUGGAUCUGUUGUUUAUGUAUGUUUUGGAAGCAGAACAGUGUUGAAAAGAGAACAAAUGAGAGAGAUCGGAAACGGGUUAAUGAGAAGUGGAUACAAAUUUGUAUGGGUUGUUAAGGACAAGAUUGUUGACAGAGAAGACCAAGAAGUAGGGUUAGAUGAAGUGUUAGGUGUUGAACUUGUGGAAGGAAUGAAGGAGAAGGGUUUGGUGGUUAAGGAAUGGGUGGAUCAAAGUGAGAUUCUUAGUCACAAAAGUGUUGGAGGGUUUGUGAGUCAUUGUGGAUGGAACUCAAUAACGGAAGCAAGUUUGAAUGGUGUACCAAUAUUGGCUUGGCCACAGCAUGGAGAUCAGAAGGUAAAUGCAAAGUUGGUUGAGAUUAGUGCCUGGGGGAUUUGGAAAAAGAGUUGGGGUUGGGGUGGGGAACGUGUAGUGAAAGGAGAUGAAAUUGGAGAUGCUAUAAAAGAGAUUAUGGAAAAUGAAGUGUUGAAAGAGGGAGCCAUGAAGGUUAAAGAGGGAGCCAUGAAGGCUAUAAGUAAUGGUGGAGAAUGCGAGGUUACCAUUCAGAAGCUAAUUCAAAAAUGGAAGAACAAUGUUUGA